CUUAGGCGUUAGCAGCUUCACUUGGUGGGUGCAAGUCUUUUGCUCAUAGGAUCCUAAGUACAAAUGGAAAUCACCAGAAUCUGGGUUCCUAUUGUGAAGCGGCGAUGUUCCUCUAAUUUUUCGGAACUGCUUAGCAAAUGCGGCAUUUAAAAGAGCGCUGAAAAGAAACCAACCUCAGAAAAAAAUACCUCAAGUUGCUCCUCGUCGCCCCCCACGCAAAUGAACAAAAGCGGCUUCUGCCUGUUUGACGGACAGGCGCUGACCCCACUGCUCCCACUUUUACUCAUUCUGGAGACCGGAGUGGGCAUUGUGGGCAAUGGGGUGGCUCUCUGGAUUUUUUGUUUUUACCUGAAACCAUGGAAGACCAGCACAGUGCUCCUAGUGAACCUGGCACUUGCCGAUUUCAUGUUACUGCUCGCCCUGCCAUUCCGUAUCAGUUACUACCUGCGGCACAAGGACUGGAUUUUUGGAGAUGCUUUCUGCAGGAUCAAUCUGUUCAUGUUGGCCCUGAAUCGCACCGGAAGCAUCUUCUUUCUGACCGUGAUCGCCUUGGAUCGCUACUUCAAGGUGGUCCACCCGCACAGCCGAAUCAACUCACUGAGCGUCCGUCAGGUGAUUUGCACUGCUUGCGGGAUGUGGACCCUAGCCAUUGGCCUAGCGAGCAUGAUUCUGACUGAGUCACACUUGUUUCCGAACCAGACGCAGGAUGCCCUCACUCAGUGCGACAGCUUUGCCAUUUCGAUGUACUCUGCAUCUGUCAGUUACUGGUAUUAUGUCCUCUUCUUGGUCGAAUUCUUUGUACCUUUGCUGGUCACGCUUUUCUGUGCCAUGGCUGUGAUCACAAGAUUGCAUAAGAGGGACCUGGACAAGCAGACCCGCAUCAAGCGGGCAUUAGUUUGUUUGUGCGUGGUCGUGGUCGUUUUUGUCGUUUGCUUCUUGCCCAGCAAAGUCACACGAAUCGCAAUUUGGGUCACUCGGGCAUCUCACGAAGCGGACUGCGAAGGACUGCGAAAUCUGGACAACGCAUUUUACUUCACUGUUUCUAUUACAUACCUAAACAGCGUCCUAGAUCCGCUAGUCUACUUCUAUUCCAGCCCAACGUUCAGAAGGGCUUCCAGAAAGAUGGUCAGCUACAUCCGCAAGAAGAGGCGAGCGAGCGUCUGCGAAAAACCAAGGGAUUCGGGAUUUGAGGAAACCAGCAACUCACACAGUGUGGAGAUGCUAUGAGCCACUGCCACAAACAGGUGUUGACUGAAAAUCUCAGCUUCAGGGUCCCGCGUCUUGUGCGUUCCCCAACCCUCGGGGUAUAGCGCAGCUCUGACAUGCGGGGUAAGCUGCCCCCUGGAUCCGGUGAAACGAGCACCCUGCUGGAGGAAUCGUCCUGUAAAAUGAAGAUCUGGAGUGGACCAACAUGCCGGGCGCAGCGCUUAACGCAUCACCGCCAGCAGCUUGGGACACAACUUGAGGUGACAAUGUCACGAUCUGUAAAAAGAGACGUUUGGUGUCAACGAGUCAAAUGGCUCAUGGACGACCGCUCAUUCGGAACAAGUUUA